AUGGCCAUAUCUCAAGGUCCCGUCAGCAUAGCUGUGGCCAACCAUGUGCUGGCCCAUAAUGAAAAGAAUUCCAGCAUCAUCUCUGAGAUUGAGAUUCAAACCACACCCGCGGAGCUACCGGACAAGGAGCGAUAUAUCGUAGUAUCACCCUACACCGAGCAGCAACACCUCCUCGACCUCACAACCCUUGGCACUGAGAACCAGAUCUUGGCACUUGCCCUAACUCAGUUGACCUGCCUUCGCGAGGACUACGCAACUGCGUCAUACAGCGACACCUUCAACUGGGACCAGAUCAUCGAACACGUUCGCGCACUCACACGAAAACGUAACCACACAUGGAAGGAAACUUCCUUCUUCGUUGUCGCCUUCCGGUCGCAAGUUUUUGCGUCGACGGUCGAUAACUAUGCGGACCUGGGUGAGCUGGACAAGGCUGCACAUGCUGAAGCCACUGCGAGUGGAGGGUUUUUGAAGUACUGGUUUGGUUCGCCAAACGAGGAGCGACGCAACCUUGCAACUUGCAUCUGGAGAUCCCCAGAAGAUGCAAAGAAGGGGGGCACUGGCCCUGCGCAUCGAAAAGCGGCCGGAGCAACCAGGUCGCUGUAUUCCUUUUGGCAAAUUGAUCGCCAUCGGUUGACCAUCCGAGACAACGUCGACAGCUGGGAGCUCACCGAGUGGAAGUGA